GACUGGGCUGGGAUGUUCAAGGGAGGUCAGCAACAGUUAGGGACAGUCAGGGAGAGUCAGCGAUCCUGCAGCCCCUGCACCAUGAGUGUCUCUGUGCUGAGUAUCACCAGACUCCUGGGCGGUGUCUCUGGGCUCCUCCAAGUGGCCUCCCUGCUAGGGCUGGCUCUGCUGCUGCUCAAGGCAGCACAGCUCUACCUGCACAGGCAGAGGCUGCUCAAAGCAGUCCAGGAGUUCCCGUCCCCUCCUUCCCACUGGCUCUUCGGACACAAGCAGGAGCUCCAAAAAGGUCAGGAGAUACAAGAGCUUCAGAAAAGGGCAGAGAAAUAUCCACGCGCCAGUCCUCGCUGGCUAUGGGGGAGCAAGGUUAGCCUCGUAGUCUAUGACCCAGACUACAUGAAAGUGAUCCUGGGGCGAUCAGACCCAAAGUCUGAGGGUUCCUACAGGUUCAUGGCUCCCUGGAUAGGGUAUGGUUUGCUCCUGUUGAAUGGGCAAACGUGGUUC